AUCCCGGCCGGAGGAUCAGGAUUUCGGGGUGCUGCGGCCGGAGGGGCUCCGUGGCGGCGCUGAAAUAUUCCGUGGGGACCCUUUACCUGCUCGUCCUCCUGAUCCUGGUGGGAAUCUCCAUCCUGGCAGUGUCCCAGCCCCGAGCGUCUCCCGAGGAGCUGCAGGAGCUGCUGGGAAAGGUCCGGCGGCUCAACGAGACCCUCCGGGAGCUGCAGCCGCUUCCCGACGGGAACCUCCCGGAGCUCAUCCGGCGGCUCCAGGAGCUCCUGCGGAACCACUCGGAGUCGCUGCUGCUGCUGGCGGGAUCGCUGCAGCGGCUGGAGGAGCUCCUGGGCAGCGUCCGCAGCCAGGCCGGCCGGACGGAGCRCUCGCUGUCCAUCCUCCGCGAUUCCCUGAGCCAGCAGCACUCCGCGGCCCGGCUGGAGCUGUCGCGGCUCUCCACGGACGGGAACAGCAGCCGGGUGAUCCUGGAGCACCAUGAGCUCCUGCUGGGCCGGCUGGGCGGGCGCCUGGAGGUUCUGGGCGAGCAGAUGGCRGCGUUGGGCGAGGCCGCGCGGUUCAUGAACCGCAGCUUCUCCGAGGAUUCCCUGGAGCAGCGCCGGAGGCUGCGGGAGCUGCGGGAGCUCCUGGGGAACGGCACCGCGGAGCGGCUCCGGCUGCGUGAGGAGCAGGCGGCCUCGGAGCGGGAGCUGCGCAUGGAGCUGGCCCUGCUCACCAACGCCACCCGCGAGCUGCAGAUGAGGGAUUGGGAACAUUCCGCAGCGCUCCGGAACAUCUCGGUGAUCCGCGGACCUCCCAAAUUCCUGAACUCAGGACCUCCCAAAAUCCCAAACCUGGGAACUCCAAAUUCCCAAUCCAAGACCCCCAACUCAGGAUCUUCCAAAUUCCUAAACCUGAGAACUCCCAAUUCUUAA